AUGCCAGCCCUAGUCUUCUCGCGUAUCCUUUACUGCAACCAGUGCGCUGCUCAGGAGGACUGCCCACGUUGUGCUCCAUUCUCAGAGAUUCUACAGUCCAGCUGGGUCCUAUUUCUGCUGCCGUUGGUGGUUGUAGGCCUUGGGACAUCUCUUGGCCGAGCAGUUGUGGCUGCAACCCAGGUCCCUUCCAACUUUCGGCGGGGGACGAUUUGUGCAGUUGCCUUCGGGAACUCCACCGGCAUGCCAGUCGUGUUACUGACCGUGGUAAAUCAGUCCAUGACGGCUUUCGGGAAUGGUCCGAUAGGCCACACAGAUCCCCUGCUUCAUCUUCCUGCCUAUCUCAUGCUGUACCCUGUGCUGCAGUGGGGCAUUGGUACCUGGUUGCUUGCCCCAACUGGAGAUGAGGAGAUUACGCUGACUAUCCCGCCCCCUGCAAAGAUGAGUGCACGCGAGCGAUGGUGCGGUGCUGAGGAAGUUCCUGUAUCUGUUGGAGCCCUGAGAACCGCGCUGGAGCACGCCCUGGUACCGCCUGUGCUUGCUGCCCUGGCGGGGCUCUUGGUAGCUUUAUCUCCCUUCCGCGGGAUUCUAGUCGACCUCGCUGGCCAAGCCAACGACGCCCCACUGGAAUGGCUAUACGAUGGGAUCUACAAGCUAGGGGACGCUGCAGUGCCGCUAAACUUGUUGCUCUUAGGAAGCUCCCUAUCUCAAGGUGCCGACUUUGAAGCACUGCCACUAAAGGUCGGCAUGGCCAUCACCUUCUGCAAGAUGGUUCUCAUGCCACUCUUGAUGAGCCUAGUUGUGUAUGGGCUGAUACGGCUCGUGAAUGGUAAGGAUCCCGCCAUGUGGCUGGUUGCAUUUAUUGUGACUUGCACACCAACUGCGAACAAUGUAGGCAUCAUGGCCAACCUGGGCGGUCAAAGCGUGGAGUCCAUGGCCACAGCAAUUUUCAUCCAGUACAUCUUUGCCCCGGUGCUCAUAACUCUGUCGCUGACCUACUUCAUGUGGUUGCUCUCCUGUGAAUGGUAUUUGCCGACUUCGUCGCUUUAA